AUGAUCAGGAGGAAAGCACAGCCUGGUGCCGGGGGCGAUGGGAGCAGACCACGUGGGCCUGAUUCCACUGAGAGCUGGAUUGAAAGAUGUCUCAACGAAAGUGAAAACAAACGUUAUUCCAGCCACACCUCUCUGGGGAAUGUCUCUAAUGAUGAAAAUGAGGAAAAAGAAAAUAACCGCGCGUCCAAGCCGCACUCCACUCCUGCCACGCUACAAUGGCUGGAGGAGAAUUAUGAGAUUGCAGAAGGGGUCUGCAUCCCUCGCAGCGCCCUUUACAUGCAUUACCUGGAUUUCUGCGAGAAGAACGACACCCAGCCUGUGAAUGCUGCCAGCUUUGGAAAGAUCAUCAGGCAGCAGUUUCCUCAGUUAACCACCAGAAGACUCGGGACCCGCGGACAGUCAAAGUACCAUUACUACGGCAUCGCGGUGAAGGAAAGCUCCCAAUAUUAUGAUGUGAUGUAUUCCAAGAAAGGAGCCGCCUGGGUGAGCGAGACAGGCAAGAAAGAAGUGAGCAAGCAGACGGUGGCAUAUUCACCCCGGUCCAAACUUGGAACGUUGUUGCCAGAGUUUCCAAAUGUGAAAGAUCUAAACCUGCCAGCCAGUCUGCCUGAGGAGAAGGUUUCUACCUUUAUUAUGAUGUACAGAACACACUGUCAGAGAAUCCUGGACACUGUAAUAAGAGCCAACUUUGAUGAGGUUCAAAGUUUCCUUCUGCACUUUUGGCAAGGAAUGCCGCCCCACAUGCUGCCUGUGCUGGGCUCCUCCACGGUGGUGAACAUCGUCGGCGUGUGUGACUCCAUCCUCUACAAAGCUAUCUCCGGAGUGCUGAUGCCCACCGUGCUGCAGGCGUUACCUGACAGCUUGACUCAGGUGAUCCGAAAGUUUGCCAAGCAGCUGGAUGAGUGGCUAAAAGUGGCCCUCCAUGACCUCCCAGAAAAUUUGCGAAACAUCAAGUUUGAACUGUCGAGGAGGUUUUCCCAAAUUCUGAGACGGCAGACAUCACUAAAUCAUCUUUGCCAGGCAUCUCGAACAGUGAUCCACAGUGCAGACAUCACAUUCCAAAUGCUGGAAGACUGGAGGAACGUGGACCUCAACAGCAUCACCAAGCAAACCCUUUACACCAUGGAAGACUCUCGAGAUGAGCACCGCAAACUCAUCAUCCAGUUGUAUCAGGAGUUUGACCACCUCCUGGAGGAGCAGUCUCCCAUCGAGUCCUACAUUGAGUGGCUGGACACCAUGGUGGACCGAUGUGUUGUGAAGGUGGCUGCCAAGAGACAAGGGUCCCUGAAGAAAGUGGCCCAGCAGUUCCUCUUGAUGUGGUCGUGUUUCGGCACAAGGGUGAUACGGGACAUGACCUUGCAUAGUGCCCCGAGCUUCGGGUCUUUCCACCUAAUUCAUUUGAUGUUUGAUGACUACGUGCUCUACCUAUUAGAAUCCCUGCACUGUCAGGAGAGGGCCAAUGAGCUCAUGCGAGCCAUGAAGGGAGAAGGAAGCACGGCAGAAGUCCGAGAAGAGAUUAUUUUGACGGAGGCUGCCCCGCCAACCCCUUCACCAGUGCCAUCAUUUUCUCCAGCAAAAUCUGCCACAUCUGUGGAAGUGCCACCUCCCUCUUCCCCUGUCAGCAACCCAUCCCCUGAGUACACUGGCCUCAGCACUACAGGAGCGAUGCAGUCAUAUACAUGGUCUCUUACAUACACAGUGACAACGGCAGGGUCCCCAGCUGACAACUCCCAACAGCUGCCCUGUAUGAGGAGUACUCAUGUGCCUUCUUCCUCCGUCACACACAGGAUACCAGUUUAUCCCCACAGAGAGGAGCACGGAUACACGGGAAGCUAUAACUACGGGAGCUAUGGCAACCAGCAUCCUCCCCCGAUGCAGAGCCAGUACCCGCCCCUCCCUCACGACACAGCCAUCUCUGGCCCACUCCACUACUCCCCUUACCACAGGAGCUCUGCGCAGUACCCUUUUAAUAGCCCCACUUCCCGGAUGGAACCGUGUUUGAUGAGCAGUACUCCCAGACUGCAUCCUACCCCAGUCACCCCCCGAUGGCCAGAGGUGCCCACAGCCAACACCUGCUACACAAGCCCGUCUGUGCAUUCCACGAGGUAUGGAAACUCUAGUGACAUGUACACACCCCUGACCACGCGCAGGAAUUCUGAGUAUGAGCACAUGCAACACUUUCCUGGUUUUGCUUACAUCAACGGAGAGGCCUCCACAGGAUGGGCUAAAUGACUGCUAUCAUAGGAAUUCAUAUUUAAUAUUAAUAAUAAUUAAUAAUAAUAAUAAUAAACCCAUACCCACCCCCAGAAGACUUUCUCUCUAUACAUCAUAACUCAUGGACUAUUCCUAGGCGUCCAUUUUCCUAAUGAGCGUGAGACUGGGAUUCAGUGUGGGAUAAAUAAACUUUAGUUCAGAAACAGGACUCACUAAAAGUCAGUGAGAUUGGGUUCCUGUAGCCAAGCCAGACCUGACUGUUUCUAUAGAGCACUAUCUCGGGCAGGCCAAUCUGUGCCUUUUCCCUUUGUUCCAUGAUUUUGCUUUGUGUUGGCAACCACUCCCAGUAAGCUACUUAUUUGUCUGUUGACAAAAGCUCUUUAGUCUUGAAGGAUAGAUACUGGAGACAGAUCUGGUUUGUGUUCUUGGAUGGGCACAUAAUUUACCAAGAGCAUUCACCUUUCCAUCUAUCUGUCAUUUUACUGUACAAUGAACAGCCCUCAGAUAUGUUCUACACAUCCUUUCUUCCUGGUGGUGUCAUUACUGGUUCCUGGAGCACCAGGGCUAAAAGGAGGUUUCUGGAAACUCUAGAUUCCCCGUUACACUCAUGUCAGUCACAGUAUCUGCAUUGUCUUGGAAUGUAAGCACUGUCUAGAGGGAAGGGAGAGGCUGG